AUGAACAAAACAAUAAUGCUGUCACCGCCACGACCCAAGCUUUACCCACUAUCAAUUCCGCUUUCGACCUCCAUCAAAAAAACACUUGACUUAAAUCGGAUUGAGGUGAAUCAAGAAAAAGUGAUAUCGUUGGUUGUCCGAUGUGAUUAUUCAAAUGUGAGUGUUUCUUUUGCGCAAGUCGGUGACAAUACAGGCUGUUGCAAAGUAUGUACUUCCAGGCGGUUGGUCUUUCAGCAACCAGGAGAGAAAACUGCCGACAUAAAGAUAACGCCCGUAUACUCUACUGUUGAUGCUGUUGUGCAGAUUCAAAUCACGUUAUCCCCACACGCAACACGAGAGUCUUUAAUCAAAGAGACUUCAUCCGACAUCAUUUCGAUUCGAUACACCACAUCCGUGUCGAAUUGGGUCGACAAAAAGACGGUCACUCUUUUAGAUAAAAUCGGUGAAGGUAAAGAAGGUCAAAUUUAUCGCGCUCGAAAAAAUGGCGAGAUUGUUGCCGUUAAAAGGGUAGUAGCUUCCGGCCUUGAUGGUCAAAAGGAGAACGAGAUGUAUGCGUGUUUGAAGAACGAUUACAUAGUGAAGUACUUUUGUUCGUUCAAAGACACGUCUUUAGGCAUUGAGACGAUUAAUAUUGUCAUGGAACUUGCGCCAUUUGGGUGUUUGAUGUCAAAAUACAAGGAGAUCUCAGAGAGCGUUCUUGUUAAAAUCUGUUUGGACAUUUCAAAGGCGUUAAAGUAUUUACACGUGGAGAUGAAUAUCAUUCAUCGAGAUGUGAAGCCACAAAACAUUUUGUUAUUCAAUUGGACGGAUAUUGAUACUCUCAACGCCAAAUUAACGGACUUUGGCAUUAGUCGAAUGAUCAACUCAAUUGGACAAUACACACAAAACAUCGGGACACUCAAUUUCACCGCUCCAGAAGUCAAUCGCAACGAAAAAUACUCGUACCCGUGUGACAUUUACUCCUUUGGGAUGACGAUGUAUUUCACGUUCACAAAAAUCGAUCCGUACGACGAAAGCAUUUCGAAGGUCCUCACCCAUGGAGACUCCAUUCCAAGACACCCAUUGUUUGCAGAAGGUAUCUGGCAAUUGGUGAAUUCAUGUUGUGCGUUCGACCAGAAUAUGAGAAUCAAUAUCACACAAUGCGUUUCAAAGCUCGAGACUCUCCUUGAAAUUUGCGAGAAGCAACAAGAACCCACGACCAUCGACUUUGAGCAAAAGGAAGUUUAUUUCUCCACUGGACAAGAAUUUGAUUUAGAAAAAGCUAUUCACGACGUUGUUUUGUCGUUUAAAGACAUGAGGGUGGACAAUGAAUUUAUUAAAGCGCUCUUAAUGCUUCAUUUUGGAACAGACAUCGAAGGUGCAUUGAAGAUGCUCCAAGACGAAAAGAUUGGUAUUGCCAAUAAAGGAGACAAGGAAUAUGUUAUUGGCAAGUUUUAUAUAAACAAUAAGAACACGGACAAAGGGUUGGAACACAUCGUCAAAGCAGCUGAGAUGAACCAACCCGAAGCCAUCAUGUAUAUAGUGACUCAACUCCUUGCAAUUGACUCUGGGGAAGUGCUUGUUGUCGACAAAACAAAAGAAGAAGACAAAGCCUUUGAUGAAUUGAUGGGCACGGUCAUCGAAAUAACAAACACUACACCACCAGAAGUGCACAAACAAACACAAAGCACCGCCAAAACAGUUUCAAUGGAGAACGCCGUGAAAAUGAUCAUUGGACUGAGUGAAAUAUUUCCAGAGUGUCGGUUCUACGCUGGUUUAGCGAUGUUGCAUGGCUUUGGUGUUAAGAAGAACAUCAAAGAAGCCAACAGACUCUUCUUGAGACUGGUCAACAGUGGCAUGGAAAAAGCGAAUUACUGUGAAGUCUUAUGCCAUCUAACUCCACAUAACACAAUGCAGCAACACAUUAAAACGUAUGACGCGUUGAGCCGAAUAUUAUAUAAUGUAGCAGAACCCAAAACGCUUGAUGAGAGACAAAUGAAGUCUGAUGUUAAAAACAAUCAAGGGGUGUUUCUGUUUAAGGGAUGGGGAGAGGUAUUGGACAAAGGCAAAGCAUUCAAAUGCUUUAAGAAGGCAGCUGAGCUUGGUAAUGUCAAAGGGCAGUAUAAUAUGGCGUAUUGUUUGUUGAACGGGUUUGGGUGUGCCACAAACAAGGCAAGAGCCGUUGACAUUCUUCAGAAAAUCCUUAAACAAAGCCAUCUAGUCAAUGCCCAGCUCUUACUUGCAAAUUGUUACUUUAAAGGCGAAGGAGUUGCGAGAGACAUGGCGCAGGCUGUUAAUUUAUAUGUUAAAGCGGCUUGUUUGAGGAACUCGAAUGCUAUGAAUAACUUGGGGUCGUGUUUCUUCAGCGGUAAUGGGGUGAAGAAAAAUGCGAAUUUAGCAUUUCGGUUAUUUGAAGUUGGGACCAAGUUUGGGAACUCUAAGGCACAAGUCAACUUAGCUCUAUGCUAUUUGAAGGGUGUUGGCGUGGUUCGCAGCCUUCAAAAUGCAUUGAAUAGUUAUGAAGAAAGUGCUAAAGGCGGUAAUAUAGAGGCGCAACUCCAGUAUGCCAAGUUGCUUCUGGACCAGUUUGAAGAGACAAAGCGAGAGGAGUAUGUGACAAAAGCCAUUCAAAAUUUGGAGUUAGCUUCGAAAGGGGGGAAUGCUGACGCAAUGUACAACCUUGGGUUGUGUUACUACAAAGGAAAAGGUUCCUUUAAACAAUGUGCACUCAAGGCAUUUGAUUUGUUCAAGGCAGCUGCCUCGAAGAAGCAAAGUGACGCGUUGUAUAUACUUGGAGUUAUGUAUUUCAAAGGCGAGAAUGUGUGUGAGGACAAACAACUGUCGUUUGAUUACAUCACAAAGGCGUCCGAGCUCCACAAUCACCGAGCUUUGUAUUAUCUUGGGAUGUGCUAUUUGAGUGGAAUUGGAAAGGCGAUUGACCCCAAAAAAGCGCUUGAGUUGUUUGCAGAAGCAAGGCGAUAUGGAUCAAAUCAAGCUGCACUGAAAAUUGCGUGGAUCUUUUUACACGGGGCUGAGGGUAUUCCUGCCGAUAAAACUAAGGCCUUUGCAAUUUACAAGGAACUGGCUGAUAGCGAAAUACCGGAGGCGUUGUAUAUGCAGGGGGAAUGCUACAUGAAUGGGGAUGGCGUUAGGGCAAGCACUUGGCUUGCCAAAGAGUGUUACGUCAAGGCGAGUAAGAAAGGGCAUGUCCAAGCGUCUCAAAGAAUUACUUUUUUGGACCACGAUAUUUAUUGA